AUGCCGCGAGAACUGAGGGACAUCAUCUACUCGGAGACACUGGGCGACGUGGCAUUGAGACUUACAUGCGAGCUCGAUUUGAGCGCGCAAGGACUGCCAUCAUCCAACCUUCUCCUAGUGUCGCGCCAGAUGAAAGACGAACUCGAAGAGCAAUCGCAGAAGCCUUUGAGAGCCACCAUCAAAGACGCCAAAGGCUUUCAACUGUUCGGUCCUGCCGAUGACGGGAUUUCAGAUGCAGUCGAGCACAUUGACUUUCCCAGUCAAGCUUACAAAGCCCACGAGCUACACUUCUCGCUUGCCAUAGACCAUGACGCUGCAGUCGUACGACAUCUGAGCUUGAUCCAAGACACGAUCGGCAGAAUGCCCAAGCUGAAAAGCCUCACGCUCAAGAUCGGAAUAUGCGAAGAGGCCAUGUUCCACGAUCCAGAGCACUGGCGGCGCAUGCUUCAGGACAGAGGCUGGACGCAGCUCGCUCACCUAGUACAGUUCGAGGUGUUCGAGACAGGACAUUGGUUUCAGGAAUCCUUUGACCAAGAGUGGACGUGGACACUGUUCCGGUGGAACCGAAACUUGGGCCAACUCGAAGCACCAGAGCUGUCGCGAACGCUUCAAUCUAUGGUAGAAUUCCUUGACCGCCACGCACCGACGUUCAUCACACCGGUGGAGUACAGCGCCACCACAACAUCCAACAUGAACUUCGACAGCGUCAAACUCAGACUACGCAUGGGGGAAUACACUACUCCAGAGGCUUUCAUCACCGAUGUGUUACACGUCGUGCGAAACGGAAAGCGUAUCAGCGAGAAUGAUGCUCAAUAUUACCUUGCACACGAACUGGAGACAAGGCUAUGGGAUGGGGUGCGAAAGGUUCCGCACUGGGGUUAUAUCCAGCUAGGUGCUUUCCAAAAUACUGAUGUUAGCCGUGAAAGUCCCGCUGAAAGUCAAGGAUCGUGA